AGUUCUUUUUCCAGUCGACCACUACCAUAGUCAUGACAACGCUACUAAAAAUAGAUGCUAAGCGAAUGAAAGGGGAGGUUACUCUAGUUCGAUCCGUUUCGAAGUCGCCAUCCUUGUUUUAUGUCAACUGAAAUUUAAGAACAAUAAACAUGGAUGUAUUUUUAAUGAUUAGGCAGAAAAAGACAACAAUUUUUACAGAUGCCAAGGAAUCUACAACAGUGAAUGAUGUGAAACGAAUAGUUGAGGGUAUUUUAAAAGUCAGUCCUGAAAAUCAAAGAUUAUACAAAGAUGAUACGCUGUUAGGAGAUGAUAAUAAAACUCUUAGUGAUUGUGGUUUUACAAGUGCUACAGCAAGAGCGCAGGCUCCUGCUACAAUUGGACUUGCCACUAGAAAAGAAGAUGGAGAAUUUGAUAAUUUGGAUAUAACACCAUUAUCUAAUCCACCAGAACUACCAGAUGUAAUGAAGCCUCAAGAUUCUUCUUCCUCCCAUGCACAAGAACAAUCAGCACCUUAGUUUAUAUUUGUUUUCAACUCUUUAUAUUUCCACUCAUUUUGUUCCCCAUUCUUUCUAUCAAAUAGUUAAAAGGUAUUCAUUUGAAUAUUCAAGGUUUAUAAUAUUUAAAAAUGGUAAUAUAACUGAAAAGCUUUUACGUAAUUUCUUGAUUGUAAGUAAGUGAAAUCAUUUUCAUCAGUGGUCUGAUCACAUCAAGUGUGAUGUUAUCAGUUAAAGGCUCAAUACCACUCUUGUUGUAACUGAAUAAUAUGUCCCAAUCUUUAUUCUGGUCAACAAAUUGUACUAUUUUAGAAUAUUUCAAUUAAUUGAUGAUACAAAUUUCAUCUUAACACACCUUAUUUAAAAAUUUUGAAAAAUUCAACAUAAUGGUUUGAAACGUCUAACGUAAACCUUUUCAAAUGAAACUUCGAUUUAAAAAUAUUUUCGAACCCUCUGGACAAGUAAAAUAGAAUGUAAUGGAUAAUUUACACAACAGGUAGGACACUUAAACAUCUAGUACUUAGAUAGAGAUAUUAUUUAUUUUCUGGAGCUUUCAAGCCAGCAAGAGUGUUAUUGCCCCUUUAAGAGGGUACCAGCAUCAAGGGACAAAAUUACAUAAAUGUUAGAAUAUAUUGAUUUUUAAUAAUAAAAAUUAAAGAUGUG